AUGUGCGUAAGUCUCGUCGAAUCGUUAAAUGCCGUAAGUUCGUCGAAGGCCUUCGUUUGCCGUAGCGGGACUCCCGUAAUGCGCCUUAGAAGUCAGAAUCAACAUAAACAUCAAUUUUCUUACUUGUUAUCUAUAACCAACUUCUCGGAAUCUGGAGCCAUGCCCCUCCUCUCCCCACUUUUCCUUGCCUCAGACAAUCCAAUUAAACUUUCUUCUAACUUGGUAUUGCUUCUUACUUUCCUGCCUUCUUUCUUCCUUCUUUACUUUUUUCUUUUCUUCUUUCCUUCCUUCCUUUCUUUCUUCUCUCCUUUCUUCAUGCUUCUUUAUCUGUUUUCUUCUCUCCUUCCUUCCUUGUUUGUUCUCUCAUUUUUCCUUCCUUCUUUCCUUACCAUUGUUUCUUCCUUCAUCCUUUUCUUUUUUUCUCUCCUUUCUUUCUUUGCUCCUUUCACUGUUGCUUCUUCCUUCCUUUUUUCUCUUUUUUCUUCGCACCAUUCUUUAUUUACUCAUUUCCCUCUUUCCUUUCUUUCUCUCUUCCCUUUUUCCUUUCUUUCUCUCUUUUCUUUCUUCCUUCCUUCCUUUUCCUCUCCUUCCUUCCUUCCUUUUCCUCUCCUUCCUUUGUGCUUUCUUUCCUCCUUCCUUUGUGCUUUCUUUCCUCCUUCCUUUGUACUUUGUUUCCUCCUUCCUUUGUACUUUCUUUCCUCCUUCCUUUGUCUCUCUCCUUCCUUUCUUUCUUUCUUCCCUCCUGCCUUUCUUUCUCUCUUUCCUCCUUCCUUUGUUUUUCUCUUUCUUCCUUCCUUUGUUUCUCUCUUUCCUUUCUUUCUUUAUUCUCUCCUUCAUUUCUUUCUUUCUUCAAUCCUUCCUUUCUUUCUCUCUUCUCUCUUUCCUUUCUUUCUCUCUUUCCUUUCUUUCUUUCUUUCUCUCUUCUCUCCUUCCUUUCUUUCUCUCUUCUCUCCUUCCUUUCUUUCUCUCUUCUCUCCUUCCUUUCCUUUCUCUCUUCUUCUUCUUCCUUCCUUUUUUGUUCUCUCUUUCCUUCCUUUUUUCUCUCCUUCCUUCCUUUCUUUCUUAAUAUCACUACUCUCUCUCUCUCUCUCUCUAUAUAUAUAUAUAUAUAUUCCUUCUCAAGGUUGUCUUUUGUCUCCUCACUUAUCUCCUUUCUUUUCUUUGAUUUUUUCUCUUUGUUAUUGUUGUCUAAAUUCUUUUAAAGUGACUUUCACUCUUUUUUACUUUCCUUCAUCCUGUCAUUGCCUUUUUCCUUUUCUCUUUCUGCCACUCUCUAUUUUCUUCUUCCUUUCCUUUUCUAUUCAUUCCAUCUUUCUUUCAUUCAUUCAUUUGUUUCUACAUUCUUUCGUUCGUUUCUUCCCACUUUCUUUCAUUCAUUCGUUCCUUCUUCCUUCUGUCGAUCCUUCAUUUCUUCUAUCAUUCUGUUCUUCCCUUUUUCCUUCUAUCAUUCUGUUCUUCCCUUUUUCCUUCUAUCAUUCCUUUUCUUCCCUUUUUUUCCUUCUAUCAUUCCUUUCUUCCCUUUUUCCUUCUAUCAUUCCUUUCUUCCCUUUUUCCUUCUAUCAUUCCUUUCUCCCCUUCUUCCUUCUAUCAUUCCUUUCUCCCCUUCUUCCUUCUAUCAUUCCUUUCUCCCCUUCUUCCUUCUAUCAUUCCUUUCUCCCCUUCUUCCUUCUAUCAUUCUUUUCUCCCCUUCUUCCUUCUGUCAUUCCUUUCUUUUUUUUUCUUUCUAUCAUUCAUCUCUUUUUCUUUCUAUCAUUCAUCUCUUUCCUUUUUUCUUUCUAUCAUUCCUUUCUUUCCUUUUUUUCUUUCUAUCAUUCCUUCCCUUCCUUUUUUUUUUUUUAUCUAUUCCUUCCCUUUUUUUUUUUUCUUUCUAUCAUUCCUUCCCUUCCUUUUUUCUUUCUAUCAUUCCUUCCCUUCCUUUUUUCUUUCUAUCAUUCCUUCCCUUCCUUUUUUCUUUCUAUCAUUCCUUCCCUUCCUUUUUUCUUUCUAUCAUUUCUUCUUUCUAUCAUUUCUUUCUUUCCUUUUUUCUUUCUAUCAUUUCUUUCUUUCCUUUUUCUUUCUAUCAUUUCUUUCUUUCCUUUUUCUUUCUAUCAUUUCUUUCUUAUCUUUAUUUUUUCUAUCAUUCCUUUUGUUCCUUCUAUCAUUCUUUCCUUUCUUUUGUUUACUUUUGUUUCUUUUCUUUUGUGCAGUCUUUCUUUUCUAUCCCUCUUUCUUUCAUUCAUUCAUUUCUUCCACUUUUCCCUCUUUCUUUCCCUCUGUCUUUGGUGCCUUCCUUCCCUUUCUCUCUCUCUCUCUGUUUCCUUCCUUCUCUUGUUCGUUCCUUCUUUCCUUGGUUUCCUUUACUUCCUUCCUUAUUCACCUUCUAUCUUUCAUCCCUUUUUUCUUUCUUGUAUCCUUUCUUUUAUUUCUUCUUUUUCAUCCUGUAUUUCUUUCUACCUACAGACCUGCCUACUUUCAUUUCCAUCAGUUCCCCCCCCUUCUACCCACUCUUUUCUGCCCCCUCCCCCAUUCUUUUCUCCCUCCUCCCCUUCACCUCAUUCUGCCAGCAACCUUAAAAUAUACUCCCUUCUUUUUCUUCUUCAUCCCUCAUCUUAUUUCACACUUGAAAUACUUUAA